GCAGCUACCAUUGUGAGGUGAGGACAGGUGGGGGGGUUUGGGGCCGCAGCGGGGCCGGCGGCGGCGGCCGGGACGCGGCACCCGCACGAGACCCCCUCAGGUGUAAGUUGUCUGUGCCAAAAUGAGUCUGCAGGAGUGAGUCAGCAUCUUCCUUCAGACCUUCAGCAUCUUCUUUGUGGGCAAGCCAUGUUCAAGAUCACCUUGUCUUCUGGAAGCAGACCCACAGUGAACAGAUGAAUCUAUUCAGCCAGACAUUCCUCCAUUAGAUCUCUCUCCUCAUGGAGCACCACGGAGGGGAGGAGAUGGACUCCAAAGAGGAAAGUCCUCAGGUGUGGACUGACUCUGCUGGGCAGGAACAGAAUGCUGCUCAGGUGCACUUUGUGCCCGAGGCGGGGGCGGUGGCCCAGAUCGUGUACAGCGACGAGCAGGACCGUCCCUCGCAGCAGGUGGUCUACACAGCUGAUGGCACCUCCUACACCUCCGUGGACACCUCGGAGCACACCCUGGUUUACAUCCAUCCUGUGGAAGCUACGCAGACUCUGUUUACAGAUCCAUCCCAAGUGGCUUACGUCCAACAGGAUGCCACCACCCAGCAGGUCACUGUGCUCUUGCCUGCUGCUGCUCAGAGCAUGAAUCCCACCAACCUCUCCGUGCUCGGCAACGUUGCCGAAUCCCCCCAGCAAAUGGCUCUGGAGCAGGGUCCACAAGCAGAUAGAGCAUCGUUACCGGUGCAUAACCAGGUGUUACCUCCUAUGGAGGCAGUGGACGGUUCUGACCCUUUAGCACCUCUGCAGAAUCAAAUGGGAAGGAUGGAAGCAAAAGAGGAAGAUGAUGAGGAUGAAGAUGAGGACGAAGAAGGGGAAGAUACUGACAUGGAUGAAUGGGAUCCAGAUCCACCUCGACCCUUCGAUCCCAAUGAUUUAUGGUGUGAAGAGUGCAAUAACGCCCACCCCUCCGUGUGUCCAAAACAUGGGCCACUGCAUCCCAUCCCGAACCGGCCCGUGCUGACCAGGGCCAGAGCCAGCCUGCCCUUGGUGCUCUACAUAGACAGGUUUCUGGGAGGUGUCUUCUCCAAGAGGCGGAUCCCAAAGCGCACACAGUUUGGGCCGGUGGAGGGCCCCCUGGUGAGACAAACUGAACUCAAAGACUGCUACAUCCACCUGAAGGUUUCUCUUGAUAAGGGUGACAGAAAAGACAGAGAUUUGCAAGAGGACCUAUGGUUUGAACUUUCUAGCGAGGCUCUUUGUAACUGGAUGAUGUUUGUGCGUCCAGCUCAGAACCAUUUGGAGCAGAACCUGGUCGCCUAUCAGUAUGGCCACCACAUUUAUUACACCACCAUUAAAAACGUGGAGCCCAAGCAGGAACUCAAGGUGUGGUAUGCUGCCUCCUACGCAGAGUUUGUGAACCAGAAGAUCCAUGACAUAUCUGAGGAGGAAAGGAAGGUUCUCAGAGAGCAGGAGAAGAACUGGCCCUGUUACGAGUGCAAUCGGCGCUUCAUGAGCUCGGAGCAGCUCCAGCAGCACCUCAACUCCCAUGACGAGAAGCUGGACUUCUUCAGCAGAGCCAGAGGCCGAGGCCGUGGGCGAGGAAAGAGGAGGUUUGGACCAGGCAGGCGCCCAGGACGCCCUCCUAAAUUCAUGCGUCUGGAAGUCACCAGUGAGAACGGGGAAAAGUGUGAAGAAGGGACACAGGACUUGCUGCAUUUUUCCAGCAAGGGCCAGUUUGAUGAGGCCGGACAAGCCACUCUGAAUGGGUUGGAGCAGCAGGAGCAGACUCCAGUGCCAUCAGAGGCACAGUCAGCCCUGGAGCAGCAGCAGCAGCAGCAGCCAGAAAGCCACCCCCUGCAAAUCCAGGCGCAGCAGGAAGAGAGCGCAGUGCCCACGCAGAGCACCAUGACAGCAGACGACAUGAGGCGAGCAAAGCGAAUCAGGAACGCAGCUCUGCAGCACCUGUUCAUCCGCAAAUCCUUCCGCCCCUUCAAAUGCCUGCAGUGUGGGAAGGCCUUCCGGGAGAAGGACAAACUGGACCAGCACUUGAGGUUCCACGGGCGAGAAGGGAACUGCCCCCUCACCUGUGACAUCUGCAACAAGGGCUUCAUCAACAGCGGUGCCCUGGAGAGCCACAUGAAGUUCCACAUGGACCAGAAAACCUACUCCUGCAUCUUCUGUCCCGAGUCCUUCGACCGCCUGGACCUGCUGAAGGACCAUGUGGCCAUCCACGUCCACGACGGCUACUUCACCUGCCCCACCUGCAAGAAACGCUUCCCAGAUUUCAUCCAGGUCAAAAAGCACGUGCGCAGCUUCCACUCGGAGAAGAUCUACCAGUGCACAGAGUGCGACAAGGCCUUCUGCCGGCCCGACAAGCUGCGCCUGCACAUGCUGCGCCACUCGGACCGCAAGGACUUCCUGUGCUCCACCUGCGGCAAGCAGUUCAAGAGGAAGGACAAGCUGCGAGAGCACAUGCAGAGGAUGCACAACCCCGAGAGGGAAGCCAAGAAAGCCGACCGGAUCAGCCGCUCCAAGACCUUCAAGCCCCGGAUAGCCUCCACCGACUACGAGAGCUUCAUGUUCAAGUGUCGGCUCUGCAUGAUGGGCUUCCGCCGCAGGGGCAUGCUGGUGAAUCAUUUAUCAAAGAGACAUCCAGACAUGAAAAUAGAAGAGGUGCCAGAGCUCACGUUACCCAUCAUCAAACCCAACAGAGAUUACUUCUGUCAGUACUGUGAUAAGGUGUACAAGAGUGCCAGCAAACGCAAAGCACACAUCCUGAAGAACCAUCCUGGUGCUGAGCUGCCUCCCAGCAUCCGGAAACUGCGUCCUGCAGGCCCAGGAGAGCCAGAUCCCAUGCUGAGCACCCACACCCAGCUGACAGGCACCAUAGCCACCCCCCCAGUCUGCUGUCCUCACUGUUCCAAGCAGUACAGCAGUAAGACAAAGAUGGUCCAGCACAUUCGCAAGAAGCACCCAGAGUUCGCUCAGCUCCCUAACACAAUCCACGCUCCACUGGCAACAGCUGUCAUCAGCUCCACUCCUGCUGUCCUCACCACUGACAGCACGACUGGAGAGACUGUUGUGACAACAGAUCUCCUGACACAGGCAAUGACAGAGAUAUCCCAGACCCUGACAACAGACUAUCGAACCCCGCAGGGGGAUUACCAGCGAAUCCAGUACAUCCCUGUGUCCCAGUCCACGACUGGCUUGCAGCAACCCCAGCACAUACAGCUGCAGGUUGUUCAAGUGGCCCAGGCUACCUCACCUCACCAGUCCCAGCACUCCACAGUGGACGUUGGGCAGCUUCAUGACCCCCAGACCUACACCCAGCAUGCUAUUCAAGUGCAGCACAUCCAGGUCACAGAGCCAUCCCCAGCAACUCAGCCAUCCUCACAGGUUGGGGGUCAGCCUCUGAGCCCCUCCUCACAGCAACCUCAGCAGGAACUCAGCCCCUCCCAGAUGCAGACAGCCACAACAACCCCAAGCCAAGCCCUCCAGCAGCAGCAAGGCUCUUCAGUCCAGCACACCUAUCUUCCCAGCACCUGGAACUCAUUUCGGAGCUACUCCUCUGAGAUUCAGAUGAUGACCAUUCCCCAAGGCCAGUACGUGAUCACAGAGACCGCCGUAGGCACGCCAGUCACCACUGUCAACACUGGGCAAGUGAAAGCAGUGACUCAGACUCACUACGUGAUCUCUGAAGGUCAGCCCGAUCUGGAUGUCAAACAAAGCUCCUCCCUCUCCAGCGAGGUGCCGGUCGGCGUUUCCCAGCCGCCCGCCCACGCGGAUCCCCUGGAAUCCCAAACCAGCAGCCAGCAGCAAACCACCCAGUACAUCAUCACCACCAGCACCAACGGCAGCGGUGGCAGUGAAGUGCACAUCACCAAACCAAGAACUUUCCCAGCAGAGCACGAGUGAAGAAGCCUCCUGCUGCCACUUGUAGCGGUCACACCUCCCUGUAAGCCCAGCCAGCUGGGUGUCCUGGGGCUCAGGAUGUUUCCAAUCAUAUGCUCACUUUUCAACUAAGAUCAUGGAGCUCUUGUUAAUGCUUUCAAGAAGGUUUAAGUCCCCAGCAACCACGAAGAAGUACCGUCAGAGUCCUUCUGGGAUGCUCUUUUGUGCAGCUUUUAACAAAGAGGACAAGAGGAGAAGUGAAACCUCUGCUUGCUCUGGACUUUGUGGCAUGUCUGCUGACCCUUCAUUUUCCUUUCCAGAAGUGUCUCCAGUAAACAGCCCUUCAUUUCAAUUGCCUGGGGUGAAGCUUGCCUACCUGAAGGCUAACUGGCAAAUUAUGUUGUAUGUUUAAACAAAAAGAUAACAUGUUCGGUGCCAGAGCAUGGCAGAACUGCUUCCUGUGUCUGUGUCAGCAGCCAAGGUGAAAGGGAAUAAACCAGCUCACCGUGGGCAGACUGGAGGAGAGUGGCAGCAGAGCAGUGGUGCUGCCUGGGGCUGGGUGUGCAGUGAAGAUGUGCUGAAGCAGUCCCUUAAAUUAUUCUCUUUCCAGCCCUCCAGAACUGUUUACAUGCUGCUUGCCCUACCCUGUCUCACCAAGGCGUUCCAGAAGGAUGGACAAGUGGAGUCUUAAACCCUGUGUGACAUCACAACAGCACAUCAGGGUAGUGUGGAGCCACUCUCCUCUCUUCCCUCCUCCAGCAGUUGCAGGGAAAAUUGCCUUUCUGCCUGUAAACAACAAAAGAAGGCUCAGCUUAGCCUGCACAGCAGCUUCUGCUGUGGCCUAGAGACAGUCAAGCCAGGAGAAGAUGAGGGUACAGGAGCACACCUCUGAAGCAGCAGCAUUGUCAUCUCUGUUGCCACCAUACUUCUCCCCUUGAAGACUGGCCAGAGAGUUGGUCACAUUCACCUUCCCCCCAGCCUCGUUACCAAUGCACUGUAAUUCCUUUGGGCAGCUCCAGGGAGCGACGAGCCCUGGACUCAGGAAACACACAACACCCAUGCCAGUGGACCACUAUUGAUGGGACACAGAAAGCCAUCUGGGAGGGUUGCCUGCUUUUGGCAGACCUGGUCUGUGUACAGAGCUCGUGUUUAGGGACCAGGAGAAAGGGAAAGAAGCUUUUCUCUUUGAAGGCAGUGAAUUUCUUCUUCUUUCACAUAGUUCUCUUCCACAGGUGUCAUGUUGGUUGGUUAUUUAAUGCAUUCUGGUAGCUGCAAGAACUCAAGUCCACUGACCCACCCCCCUGAUGGGAUAUACUGUGUAUGUCUAAACCUCUGUUCAAACUCAUCCCAGAAUGUCUGUGGGAAAUAGGAUGCAUUUAUUUAUAAAACAAAAGCAAAGAAGGAGGUUUUGUCUGAACAGCCCUUGGGACUGAAGAACCUUUUCUCUUGUGCUGCACAGUGUGCAUCUGGGGCUCUUGAGCAUAACUGCUCCCACAGAUGCAGGUGAGGCUCACCCAUCUGGAUGUUUACAGGCUGAGGUGUUAAUUCCAUUAUUGCAGGGUUAAAGCUCUUCAAUGUGAGAGAAGUCCACACUCAGAGUGGACAAGAGGAAGUCUGGUGGCUUGGGGGCAAAGCCUUUUGUGGCAGGUAUUGCUUUGGUAAUUAACAUAUCUGUUAAUGGGGACUGUGCUUGAUGAGAUAAACUGGAUUGAAAACUCCAGCAAGCUCAGGACUGUUUCGAGGUAGCUUGGAAGUGACUUGCCCAAAAGUGAAAUAAUUUGUGCCUGGGUUUUUGCUUCUCUUGCUCUACCACCACAAUGAGAUUGAUGAUGUUAAUGAGGACCAGAGAUAACCUUUGGUCAAGUGCAGUGCUGAGUGUCCUGAAAUUCAGUGGAUUUGGGAGCUUCAGCAGCAUGACCAAGGGAGUGCAGGUCCCACUGGAAUUGAGUUCCUGAGGGCUUUUGAAUUAAGACUUUGGGCCUUGAGAUGAUGUUGGUGUGGGAGAAGAGAAGGGAGAGUUGAUCUGGGCUUUCUUUAGGCUGCUAGGUGAUUUCAUAACGAGUCAAAAACGGUGAGGAGCUGGAAGAUAGGAGACUUGGAAAUGGGAUAUUCCAGGUGGAUGCUAUCCCCCAGAAGCAAUUCUGAAGUCAUAAAAGCUCUGUAGUCUUUAUAAAUGGGCACCAGACUUGUUCCUUUAAGGACACUGCAGAUGUGGGGCUUAAAAAAACCACUUUGCUCUAUUUAGCUUUGGAAAGGAUCAGAGAGUGAGGAGAGUUGUACCAGUUAUUUAAAGCUGAGAACUGCAAGGUGUUCCAGAGACUGAUUUUAUAGCAGCCUCUCUGAAGUCAGAUCUUCCUUAGCAGAUUUUCUCCUGGGCCUCAAUGCAACAGCAGUGUACUCAGUACCCACACUACAUGUUUCAUGGUGUCCCCAGUUAAAUAAACUCCUCGUUGCAAAGGAAGCAUCCCUGGAAAUGGAAGUGUCAUGAGUUUCCCAUCCUGAGGCAGAAGAGGAUUGCACAGAUGGCAGGGGGCUGCUUUUAGAGAGACGAGCUAAGAAAGACAACAGUUUGCAUGGAUUAGUUCAUUUCCAAUUUCUGCAGUGCAGAAGGUAUAGGAUUAAUUCUUGUUCAUUUGAAACCAGAGCAACCCAAAGAUCUAUCCCUUAGGUUAUGUCCUACAGGAGCUUUACUCCAGAGUCCUUUUGGUUGCCUGCAAGGGUUGUUAUUUUGCUCAGCGACAGGCACUGCUGCAGGCUCUGUGGAGGCCUUGUGUUCCUUGUAGGUGUUUUGGGGCUGAUUCUGUAUUUUCCUGGAGAGACAAAAAAAAAACCAACCAACAAAGAAACAAACCCAAACAACUAAACAACCAACACACCCAAGCACCCUGAAUUUGCACCUCUCGAACUGCUCGGGCUGUUUUGCUCUGCCCCUUAUUUAACUGUGUCUGUUUGUUGUACAUUCAGUGACUGUUCUCGUGUUCAUAGUCUUGUGCGACCUGGCAGGUGUAAAAAAGAGAAAGACAAAAAAACCCCAACAGCAACCACCCUGAAAUUAAUAAAUCUUUUUCUGUCUUCUUUGGUUUUGUAGAAAAGCAAA